AUGGUUCGAAGGAGAAGCGGACGAAAAUUUUUGGUCGAUGCAAAUAAUCCAUCGCCGAAAAUAUUAUCUAUUGUGGGUGUCAAGAACCGGGACUCGGAGAAAAGUUGUAGUGAUCUGCUAGAUGAAGACAAAAGUCCCCACACUCUCCCUCCAUUUAAACUCCCCGGGUUGGUGUGCACUGAACAUUCCGACAACUUUAAAUUUCAAAUGCUGUUUCGUUCGUGUACAGUGCCAUUUCGCCAAACCCUAAACGGUCAGCCCCGAGGUCUUCGUCUCCUCCUUUCCACUUUCACGGAAUCCAUGCUCACUCACUGCUGCCGCUCGCCCGCUCGCUCGCUCGCUCGCUCAAUGCACGCCCACCUCCCUCUCCCUCUCUCUCUCUCUCGUCUGGUGGUCCGGCUGGCGCUUGGACACUCUUCCACAGCUCACACGAGUGGCUUUCGAGAGGGAAACAGUCUCUUCCUUCUACAGUACUGUAUGUAUAACCUUCUCGUACUAUAAAUAUUUCUGUCAGUAGAAGAAAAAACGUACUUCUGAGACGUUCAAAAGAAGAAGAUUGUUAAGAGGAAUGCGAAGAGACUGAAAUCAGUACAAGAUUUUUGUAGAGGAUAAAGAAACACAUUUCAUAUACCUGUAUUAGAAUCGACGGAUGCUAAACAUGCGACCAAUACUUUGCUUGUUGUCGCUCUUGAGAUCCAUUUCAAGAUUUUUAAGGUGUUGACGCUACAUCUCUUAUCAUUAUUUCGAUGAAAUUUAUAUAAAAAUGGAACGAGAAAUGUAUUUAUGAUUCAAAGAUGAUAAUCUUUUCUAUUUGAGAGAGAGAGUAUAUAUAUAUGUAUAUACGUACAUAUAUACUUCCAAUAUGCUUUCACUUUUUUGGAUUAUCCAGCGACUUACAGGA